CCGAAAUCCAUCGAACUUCGCCGUCGUCGAAGUAGAAAAAUGUUGCGUUCACUUCUCCGAGCAGUCUCCUCAGCCUCACCGGUGAAAUCUACUUUCAUCCCCACCGCCAUUGCAGCAUCAAAUUCAACAACUUCACAGCUCACAUCUUCCAGAACAUUUGCCUCGAAGAAAGCCAAAGCGUCGGCUUCCAAGGGGAACAAUAAGAAAGGUCAGCCUAAAUCCAAAGCCGAUGCGAAAACCAAGUCGAAACAGGAAGAGAUCGUAUCAGCCUCCGUCGAUGAUGCAGCUCAUGACCUCAUCUCCGAUGAAAGAAACCGGAGGCGCCUCCUUGAUGAAGAUGAACGCAAUAGUUCGCUUGACGUUGGCCCUAACGGACGGCCGUUGUUUACUUCGGCUGCUUCUUUAUCUGAACUAAGUAGAAAAGACGCCUGCACUUACUUGAAAUUUAGUAGGAAGAAGCUGGAGGAGGUGCUGCCAGAGAGAUUGCCAGUGGGAAUGGUGAAAGAGUUUGAUGAGUCAAUGAGAGAUGCAUUGCUCGUUAGACAUAGCUUCUUGGAUCUCCGAGAUAAUUUCAGGCGCAUUGUUGACCCACCUUUGCAAUCUAGUAAUAGCAGAGGUUUGAGUGCGCAGAAGCAAAUAGUAUUGGAUGGUCCUGUAAGCUGCGGAAAGAGUAUUGCUCUUGCAAUGCUUGUUCACUGGGCACGUGAUGAAGGUUGGUUGGUAUUGUAUGUUCCAGAAGGUCGAAGUUGGACUCAUGGAGGACUUUUCUAUAAAAACCCUCUAACUGGUUUGUGGGAUACCCCAGUACAGGCAGCCAACAUUUUGCAGGAUUUCUUGAAAUACAACGAAUCAUGCUUAAUGAAGCUGCCUUGUAAAAUAGUUGCUCCUAUACCACUUGGUGACGGUGCCGGUGUUGGGAGGAUGAAGGAUGCGGAUUCGAUGGCAAUGCCUGAAGGUUCUACUUUAUAUGACUUGAUUCAAACAGGAAUCACUACCACACAUGCUUCUGUUGGAGUAGUAGUUCGUUUGAGACAAGAGUUGUCACUUGUAAAAGAUAUGCCCGUUCUCAUUGCAAUUGACCAAUAUAAUAGUUGGUUCACAUUCACUGAAUUCGAGGAGCCAAUGACUGUUCGCUCUUGCCGCCCAAUCCAUGCUAGAGAAGUUGCAACGGUGAAUGCAUUUAGGUCGAUGAUGCAUGACAACAUGAUGGUGGGUGCUUUCUCUCACUCGACAGCGGUGGGCAAGCUAAGGCAAGAUUUACCAGAUGUUCCGACAAAUGCUCGUGUUAUGUUUCCUCGCUACACUCUCGAUGAAGCUGCGGUUGUGUCUCACUAUUACCUGAGGCAAAGACUGAUACGUCGUGAAGCAUUCUCCGAGGAGGCGUGGAAGAAAUUAUAUUACCUUGCGAAUGGGAACGGGUCAGAAAUGAGAUGGUUGCUUCCCUUCAUGCGGUGAGCACACUUGUCGAAUUUCUUACUGGAUUGCAAGAAAAUCAUACACAAAAUGGAAGUAGAUUGCCUUCUUUCAUCUUCUGAAACAUCUUCGACUAGAAAUGAAGAAAAUAACGCGCUCCUUUUUUGGAUUUCUGAAACGAUCUAGAAAGAACGUAACUUGUGUUCAUACAGCUAAAGAAGACGGUAUAUGGUGAAAGUUUUACGCAACUGAACCAGCAUGCUCGUUCCAUGUUUUGUUGGUGUGUAAUGUGUAACAAGGAAAAAAAGACGAGAUCUUGGGUAUUUUAUUUUAACGGAGGUCUUUCUUUGACUCGAGAAUCAGUUGUUAGAUAUAUGAAUCUUUCUUAUCGAUCGGGAUUUGGUCUUUCA